CAAGCCCUCCAGCCCCACCACAACAUCACUCAAUCUACAAAGAGAAUGCCCCACUCCACAGCAACAACCUUCAAGUCCACGCCCCUCUACGGCGGUGCCAUAGCCGUCGACCUACCAUCCCACUUCGGUGAUGCCAGCACCAUCCGCCAAGUCCCAGACCACCAGGAAGUCUUCGUCGACGCAGAUGGGUAUUCCAGCGUCGUCUUCGAUAUCUUAGAGCAUGUGGAACAGCCUACAGAUGCCGCGGCGCUGGAGUAUCAUUUGCGGGACUUGGUGGCGGGGACGGGAGAUUCGACGAGGGUGGUUGAGCAGGGUGUGAAAGGGUUGGAGAAGAUGAGCAACACCUCCGUCCAAACCAUAACCUUCGUCCAGACCCCGACUCAGCGAUCCGGUCGUAAGGAGCCUGAUUUCGUCGCCGUGCACCUGAUCCUGCUCCGCAUCAAGCAGCACACCACCGACAUAGUCAUCACGGUCAACGUACCACACUACCCGGGCGAGUACGAACAGGCAGCGAACCAGGAAGAGAAGACCGAGUUGAUGAAGGAAGGGGAUCGAGUAGCGCAGAGGAUCCUGGAGAGUUUUGAGAUCAAGGAUUGGGGGUUGUUUGACGGUUAGGGAGUGCAAGGAUGGAUCGGAGAAAAAGGUGAAGUCCCCGCCAUGUUAGCAGUCCGAAGUAGCAU